AUGUCAUCAGAAGAUGCGCUCGCAGCUCUCCAGCUCUCUCAGAAGUACCGAUCGCAGGGUGACCUGGCAGGUGCGCUCAAGUGGGCCAAGAAGUCCAAUGCUAUCCGACCUACAAGCGAAGCGGAGGUGGUGAUUAGGCGGUUAGAGAAGGAGAUGGAAGCUGGUGGGCCAUUCGCAAACGGGGAGCCUUCGACGUCCGCAUCCACGUCCAAUGGCUCCAACCUGCGCAGUCGGACAACAGCUUCAUCUAGAUCCGCGCCCAAUCUCACUGCAGGGGCGAGAGAGAAGGAGAAGGAGAAAGUGAGGGAAUUUACGCCUGAGCAAGCUGCUGUCGUCAAGAGAGUCAACGAGGCGGGCAGAAAGAAUGACUUUUAUGCGGUGCUGCUAUUGAAGAGGGAGGAUAAGCCGGAUGAGAACGCCAUCAAGAAGGGCUAUAGAAAGGUGAGUUGAGCAAAUGGGCGCCGCGCUGCCUGGGAGGAGGUAUCGUUUACGCUGCUUGGAGGUAGGGUGCGAGCGUUUGCACCCCAGCCUCAUCCGGGCAUUGCGGCAGCUCGUUGCAUUUUCAGGUUCCAAGCUGACAUGGAGAAUUCGGCUGCUCGCCCUCGCAGCUGGCUCUACAGCUUCAUCCUGACAAGAAUGGCGCGCCGGGAGCAGACGAGGCAUUCAAAAGUGGGUCUCUCGACGAUGUCUCCUGCAUUGCAAGAGCUGAGCCUGUACUCCCGUCCACACAAAGUUGUUUCGAAAGCAUUCACGAUCCUGUCCGAUCCAGACAAGAAGGCAAUGUACGAUAGGCAUGGUGGUGAUCCGGAGCAGAGAGGUGGAGGCAUGGGAGGAGGCGGAAUGGGCGGGCACCCGUUCGCUAGAAGUACGAGAACGUACGAUGGCGGGUUCGGCGGUGCUGAGAUCGAUCCGCAGGACCUCUUCAAUAUGUUCUUUGGUGGAGGCGCAGGCAUGAAUGGCAUGGGUCCAGGUGAGUCCCGUCUUUAGAGUCGGUGAGGCGUGCGGGCGACGCAGUGGCUCGGCUUAUCAUCGUCGGCUCCAUCUCACCCACAGGUAUGCACUUUUCAUUCGGCGGACCGGGUAUGGGAGGAACUCGAGUGUACAGAUCGGGUGGAGGAGGGACGAAUGCGCGAGCAGGUGCGAGGCGGGGUCAGCAGCAAGAUCCGCAAGCGUCGCCUCUCCUUCAACUCUUGCCGCUCUUGAUCCUCGGUCUGUUCUCACUGCUCACUUACUUGCCGUCCAUGUUCGAAACCGCGGAUCCCAAGUUCGCAUGGGCGCCGAGCGGCAACUUGAGAGAGCAGAGAUUUACACCUAGGCAUGGAGUGUCUUACCACGUCGACAAGGUCUCUUGGGAGAAGCAUCCGAUUGUGCAGGCUUCGGUUAGCAACUCGCCGGGAGCCGGUGCUGGGCUGCGACGCUUCGAAGAUCGAGUGGAGAAUCAGUGGAAGAACAUACUGUACUCGGACUGCGAGAGGAGGCGGGAUCAUCAGAUGAGGAGGAUACAGAACACGCGGGGAUUUUUGGGUAUCGGAGUGAGUCUCUAGGUGGGGAAGGGAAGGAAACGGGAGAGGCGGGAACGCGACACGUCUCUGCGUUAUGAUUCUGGCUGACCUGACUGCGUUGCUGCGCUUUCCUCAGGCGGAACCUGAGCUGGAACGCAAAAUCAGAUCCGAAAAGUACGAGUCGUGCGAUCGUUUACUGGACUUUGGCAUCCAGAUGUAG